UUCUAACCAAAAGAAAUGGCAGCACAAGCAGCAAUUUGUCAAUGGCCAGUGUUCAGUGGCCAGCAUUUUCAAGAGACUCAAGGGAUUGCCCAUACUAGAGAUAGCAAUGCCAUCGACCUAUUUAGCAGUUUAUCUUGGACGUGCAUUCCCUCCAAAUCAAAAACACAGAAGGCUAAACUAUGUUCCUCUCCAAUGCCAAAGAAAGGAGGAAUUCAUGUUUUCUCGUCAAAUACAUUGUCCCCAAGCAUGCCAGCAGAACUGCUAGAUGCAUGGGAUGAUGACUACAAUGGAAUUGUUAUUGAUUCAGCAAGCUUGCCCUCCAGUGCAAAUGCUUUUGCAGCAGCUCUUCGCGCUUCCUUGUCCAACUGGAAGGCAAAGGGGAAAAAAGGAAUAUGGCUCAAACUAUUCCAUGAGCAGUCCGAUCUUGUUCCAAUAGCUAUUCAGGAAGGUUUUGAUUACCACCAUGCUGAACCUGGUUACAUAAUGCUAACUUACUGGAUCCCUGACGAGCCAUGCAUGCUCCCAACAAGCCCUUCACAUCAAAUAGGCAUUGCAGGAUUUGUGAUUAACGAUAACAGAGAGAUCCUCGUGGUUAAAGAGAAAAGCUCCUGUAGUUGCGUGGGACUAUGGAAGCUGCCCACUGGCUAUAUAAAUAAGUCUGAAGAAAUAUUCUCUGGUGCUACAAGAGAAGUGAAAGAAGAAACUGGAGUUGAUACAAUGUUCCUUGAAAUGGUGGCGUUUAGACACGUCCACCGCGUGGCUUUUGAGAAGUCCGACUUGCUCUUCGCGUGCAUGCUUAAGCCAUUGUCCUCAGAGAUCACAAUAGACGAAAAGGAGAUUCAGGACGCAAAGUGGAUAACUCCUGAAGAACUCUUAGCCCAACGCUUUUACGCAGAAGACGAGAUGUCAAGAAAGGUCAUCGAGAUAUGCAUGGCAACUUAUGAAAAUCGCUACAGGGGAUUUACAGCACAUCAGCUCAUCUCCAAAUUUGAUGGAAAACUGUCUGUCUUGUACUACAAUAACUCGAACGUGAUCUGAAACCAGUUUCCCAGCAUAUUUGAUCAUCCAAUGGAAGCUUUAUGCACCUGCGAAGAUGAGCACAUAGGUUGCUCAACUUUCUUAAUUAUCAGAAUUUUGUGUUCUUCGUUUACAACAAUUAAGAUUCCUAAGCACAUGAUUAUGGCAGCUGGGGACUGCCUUGCUUCGACCGUAGAGCGGAAAUUUAAAGCGAGCUGAGAAAGAAAUACCAGUAACGAAUUCGAUACCGUGUUCCAAGCAAAGGAGGCCAGCCUGCUUUUGUACUUGCUAAACACUCUGUCUCUCUCUCUUUGCAGCAAAAUCUUGUCCAAUCAUGAUGGAGAAUAGCUAAUAUAAUUGCACGAAUACUGUCUUUUG